AGAUAAGUCUUUACUUGGUGCGAAGUGCAGGCGUUCAUUGCAUUGAGAUAAUAAGGCCCUGGCACUAAGCUUCAAUAUGGCGAGUAGGUGGACCUUGCAACAUUCUCUGGUGAUAUCUCUAGUUCUGUGGCUGGGUGUUCAUAGAGUCCACACCAAUCAGGAUGUGAUAGAGAUGAACUGCGUACCGACCAUCAGACACAAGUUUGACGUCUGCCCGACAGGCUACUGCUGCGUCCGAGAUGAGUUCCUGGCCACCUACGUUUACUGCAAGAAGAUUGGAGCCCAGGACGACAACUGCACCACGAGGGAGACGGAGUCGUCAUGCCCUUGCGGAGCAGGACUGUACUGCAAGGCGAACAUAGUAGGCACUUUCCCGUCUGUGUACGGGAAAUGCGACGUGAGCCCGAACGUGACGUCAACCCCUUCUAUCGUGGGGUAGAACAAGAUGGUCACGUGACUUCCGCCAGGCCGAUCUAAUUGGACCUUAAUUUAGUUAACAUGUUCCUCGUGUCUUAUGGAAAAAAAAAAAGAAACAAUGAAAAUAAAUUUUAAAAAAAGGAAAGAAAUGGCAAACAAAAGAGUUGACGAUUUCUUCAACAAAAUGUUUGUAAUAAUGCAAUUUAUCACGUGAUCGGCAUAAUGCGUGCUUGGUCAUGUGAUCGGUACUUAAAUGAAGAUAAAUAUAAAAACAUGCAAUUUUACAAGCUCAA